AUGUCAAAUCGAAAAACGUCAAAAAUUUGUCAUAAUCCAAUAGAGGAACAAUUUCAACCUGCUAUCACUGUUCCAAGAACCGAAUCAGAAUCACUCGAAAGUGAAACAAGAAUUGUGCUAUCACAAGUCUCACCCUUUGUUUCCCAGAAAGCUUCUCCAAUAAGGCAGGAAGUGACAACAUCAACCUACGAAUGUUGUAUAUGUUUUGAAAAUAUUUAUACAAGUAAUAAACAAUUUGGAAUACAAAAUAAUUGUGAUCAUUUAUUUUGUUUUGAUUGUAUAUUAACAUGGCGAAAAUCUAAUUUUGAAGUAGCUAGAAAAUGUUGUCCAUUGUGUCGUAAAAAAUCAACAUUUAUAGCACCAUCUUGGCGUUGGUUUAGUAGUGAUAGUGAUAAACGUACAAUAAUCGAUUCUCAUAAAAUCUAUUUAAAAAGUAUUCCCUGUCGUACUUUAUCGCAUUAUGGUCAAUGUCGAUUUGGAAAUAAAUGCUAUUAUAAUCAUUCAUCUAUAGCAUCACGUCGUUAUAUAACAAUACCAUCCUAUAUAAAUUCGCCAUCAAGUAGCACGAACAAUCAACAAUUAUCCUCAUAUAUGUCAACAUUAUUUUACACAAAUUAUGCGUAUAACUAUGCAUCAACAACUCCUUAUUUAACAUCAGAUUCUAUGAAUGAUAAUAAUGAUGAUUAUAACUUAAUAACCACAAGACGAACAAAAACCUAUCGUUAUCACCCUUAUUAA